AGUAUUCCUGACGCUUUGAUUUCCUGGAUACCAGAAACAGUUCAGAGGUUUUCUUUCAUUUGAUCUUUACCUAAAAUAUCCAUCUCUAAAGGAAAUCAUGGUGUGUUUUUCAGUCAGCCGGCUGUUUCCCUUAUGCUGCUCAGCCUCUUGACUUCCAGGAGUCACACACCAUCUGUGUUUGACAGGACACACUCUUAAAUCUGGACGGACAAAGGGCAGCUUGGCAAGUAUUACACCUCUACUGCACAUAUGAUUACUCAUUUAUUGCUUCUGUCUUAAUAAUAUGUUCAAAAUCCAUGUAAAAAUGUUAAUUUUCUUUGUCUAAAUGUUUAAAAACGUGACUAUAGAACUGCAUGGUCCUACACUGCAAACUUCUUAUUAGGUUUCAUAUUCAGUCAUGUUUUUUAUUACUGAAUGCAGAUGCCCAUAGAUCAAGGACAGUCCCGACUUAUCAGCAGCAGAUAUACUCAGAUAAAGCACUUGCUGUAGUAUUUGAUAAUAAGUGAAACAUGUCUCUCUUUUUAUCAUGACCUAUAGUUUCCUAUAUUUAUUACCAGAAUAUGCCUGCAGAGGGCGCCAGAGCUAAGUGUUUUUCAGUUUUAGGUUUUUACUUUCUUGUUGACUUAAUUAUAAGAAAAUGCAAACAUAGAUUUAAUACCAAUUUGGUAUUAUUACAGAAAAUAAGCUUAGUGGCAGACAAACAUUUCUGAUACUCACACGUUUUGUAGAGUAUGAAAAUAUGUGCCAAAUGUCACUGAAAAGAACACAAAACAACUACGAAUGACUAAAGAUGACAACAAAGAUUCAACACGAUUAAUAAGUGGGUGCAAAACGACUUCAAAACACACAGAUACAAAUAAAUGACUACAGACGAUCUUAAACAACCACAUAGAAACAUAUAAUAUAUAGUUAUUUUAUUGUUUCAGUGCUUCCUUCUGUCGCCUCCUCAGUUUUUAAAAUGUGGCUCCUAGUUGCUUCCGCCCCCCUGCUUCCUGCCAUCUUCAUGGUAUCCAGGCGAUAUCGAGUCAAAGUUUCCGCGCUGUGCCAUCGAACCCUGGCCUGGGCUUUGAGGCUGCUGCGAGGCAGAGUGUGUGUGAAGAGCACCCACGCCUUCGUGUUCUCCAGAUGCACCCAUGGCAAAGCUGACAGCGUCUUGCAGACCUAUGACCUCUACGCCGACACACACCCCUCCCUCUGCAUCAGCCCACACAUGAGCGAGGUGUUGGAUGAGGUGGUGAUGAGAGUCCGUCCCCCCCUGGUGUUGGAGCUGGGAAUGCACUGUGGUUACAGCUCUGUCCGCCUCCUGCGUCUGCUGCCCCCUGCUGGCAGGCUGAUCACAGUGGAGCUGGACCCCCUCACUGCAGAGCUGGGGGAGGAAAUCGUACUGGUGUCUGGAUUCAAACACUUCCAGUUCCAGGUGUUGACUUCUAGCUCAGCUGAGGCCAUCCCGACUUUGCCAUCUUUACUCACUGAUCUUGAUAAAGGGACCUGUGAGGGCUUCAGUCUGGUGCUGAUGGACCACGACCCCCAGCAGUUCCUUCCUGACCUGCUGUCUCUGGAGAGAGAGGAGCUCCUCCGCCCCUCCGGCUGCUCCAUCAUCCUGAUCGACAGGAAGCAAAGAGCCGGAAAUCUCACAGAAAUCCUGGAUCACAUCGGAGCGAGGCCCGACUGCUACUGCAUUAAAUCAGAGCGCCAGGGUGUGACGGAGAUCUUCUACCAGAAGGGAAGCACAGGGUUAGAUAGGUGAUACAAAAUGUAAAGAUGUCAGGGUGUUCUUUUGGUUUGUGUGGACUAGAUCAACAAACAGUGUUAACAUGUAUUAUAUUACUUUAAAAAGUUAGAAAUACAGGUACAAAAAUAAAUUAUUUUCUAGAAUUUG